AAAUGCAAACAAGAUUAUUCGUGAAUUGUAUAAGUGUUUUUAUAAUUUUGCCAAUCUUAUAAAAUAGUUAUAAGAAGUGCUGCUUUCACAGUUUGAUUACUUCGUUUCAUAUAUAAAACCUGUAUACAUAAUAAAAAUUCUAAAAAAGAAUAAAAUUAUUGUAUUCAAGUGAUUUAAAAAGAAUAAUUGAUUAAAUUGCUUGAUUAAUAGUAACUUUUAUUUGAGUCAAUGAAGCAAAGAAACAACGUAGUGUAAGAGCAAUAAAUUCAGUUUGUCUUCUGAUAAACUUUCACGUAUCAAUAUGGUGAAAUAUCUGAAUCAACAAGAAAGCAUUAAUGUAGACAAAACUUUAUUCGAGAAAUAUAAAUUUAGUGUGGAUCAGUUGAUGGAACUUGCUGGACAGAGUUGUGCUAUUGCUAUUGCACGUACUUACCCAUCAGUAAAAAAUUCUAAGCAAAAGGUUUUAGUUUGUUGUGGUCCAGGAAAUAAUGGUGGUGAUGGACUAGUUUGUGCCAGACAUUUAAAGCUAUUUGGUUUUUCUCCAGAAAUUUAUUAUCCGAAAAGAACAAGCAAUAGUUUGUAUGAAAAUUUAUUACAUCAAUGCAUUGAAAAUGAUAUUCCAUUAGUGGAAGACAAUUUAAAAGAUUUUGCAGCAAAUCGCUUGCACCAGUUUGCUCUUAUAGUGGAUGCAUUAUUUGGAUUUAGUUUCAAACCACCAGUCAGAGAAACAUUUAUUCCAAUUAUUAAUCUGCUAGAAAAAGCAACUAUUCCUAUUUGUAGCGUAGAUAUUCCAUCGGGUUGGAAUGUUGAAUCUGGACCACCUGCAAAAGGUGGUAUUAAACCAGAAAUGUUGAUAUCGUUAACAGCACCAAAAUUAUGUGCUCAAAAAUUUGAAGGCAAAUACCAUUACCUAGGUGGACGUUUUGUGCCUAAAAAAUUGGAAGAGGAAUAUAAUCUUAAUCUACCUGAAUAUCCAGGAACGGAUUUAAUUGUUAAUUUAUCUUAAGUACUAAAAUAUAACAAAAUAAAAAUUUUUUUCAUUGUAUAAAUUUUUAACAA